AUGGCGACGUCUUGUUACUGUUAUUACAAUUACAGUAAUAAUCAUAAUUGUCCAUGCCACUUCCGCAUGAAUCGGGUCGGUGUAACCCGGGUGUUUUUCCAUCAGCUCAGUUGUAUCAAGAUUUCGGGGCCAGGGUUCGGGUCCGGCACUGGGUCAGGCUGCGAGUUUAUGUUGCCGAAGAAGAAGAGUAAAUGGUUGGGACGGCGUCGUUUCAAGCUUGUUGCCAGUGCUGAACUGUCUAACUCCUUAUCUGUGAACAUUGGUUUGGACUCCAAGUUGCCUUGGGUUGGACCACUUCCCGGGGAUAUUGCAGAGGUUGAGGCCUACUGUAGAAUCUUUAGGGCAGCUGAACAGUUUCAUAAUGCUUUAAUGGACACGUUAUGUAAUCCAGCGACGGGUGAGUGCAGCGUUUCAUACGACAUGUCAUCAGAAGAGAAGCCUUUAUUGGAAGAUAAAAUAGUUUCCGUCCUAGGUUGCAUGGUCUGCCUGCUGAAUAAAGGAAGAGAUGAUGUCCUCUCAGGGCGAUCUUCCAUCAUGAAUUCAUAUCGGGAUGUGCAGAAAAAGGUAAUGGAUGAUAACCUUCCUCCACUUGCUAUUUUUAGGGGUGAGAUGAAAAGUUAUUGCGAGAGUUUGCAUGUUGCUCUUGAGAAUUAUUUGACGCCAGAUGAUGCUCGAAGUGUAAAUGUUUGGAGAAAGUUGCAAAGGCUAAAAAACGUGUGUUACGAUUCUGGAUUUCCCCGAGGGGACAAUCACCCUUGUCAGACAUUGUUUGCAAACUGGGGUCCUAUUUACUUGUCCACCUCAAAAGAAGAAAUGCAGUUGGGAAAUGUAGAGGUUGCUUUUUGGAAAGGUAGCCAGGUGACAGAAGAAGGCUUGAAGUGGCUGUUGGAGAAAGGAUUCAAAACAAUUGUGGAUCUCCGGGCAGAGACUAUAAAGGACAAUUUCUACAAAAUGGUAUUAGAUGAAGCUAUUUUGUCUGGAAAGAUCGAGCUGAUUAAACUUCCCGUCGAAGUUGGUACUUCACCUUCAAUGGAGCAGGUUGAGAAGUUUUCCACUUUGGUGUCAGAUUCGAGCAAAAAGCCCAUUUAUCUACACAGUAAGGAAGGAAGGCAGAGAACCUCUGCCGUAGUGUCUAGAUGGAGGCAAUACAUGGAUCGUGCCACAUCUCGGUUUGUCUCUAAUCAGCGAGUUAGCCCCACUGACAUUCUAGUUCCAGAUGCUAAAAUAAUAGAAGAGACAGACUUUGUUUCAAACUUCAAAGAGAAUACAACCUCCGACGAUGGAAAUGGGUCCAUCUCAAAGAAAUCUGAUAAAUCUUCUAGAUCCCAUGGAGGAUUUAUUAAUCAAGCCUCUUCAGCUGUAGAAACCCAAUCACGGAGCAGUAAUGGAGCCUAUAUUACCAGACCAACCAAUCAGGCUACCCCAUUACCAAAAAUAAAUGGUGAAAUAGAACCAGUAAUAAACUUCUACAGAAAUGUGAAACCACUAGAGUCUCAACUACCUCCUAUGGAUGUUUUCUCCAGAAAAGAAAUGACCAAGUUUUUCAGGAAUAAGAAGAUUUCACCUGGAACAUAUUUUAUAUACGAACGCAGAAGAUUGGAUAUGCUGUCUGCUUUAAGAUAUAACUGCAAUAGGACAGUCUUGAGAGAAGAAACUACCACUAAUUCCAGGUUUAAGGAAGAAGAUAUUGUGAACAGAUCACUUAACGGUAACAUGUCAUCUUCGAAGCCUACCCCUCCUAGUUAUGGGCCAUAUCAGAGUCAUAAUUCUUUUGUCACACCAACACCUCUUCCCAAUGGAACAAUUAGUAGUAAAGAGUAUGCUUCAGGUGAGAAAGAUGGUCGUACUAGUACAAGCAUUGAGCUAAAUAAGAAUGUCAAGUCAACGAUGGUUACUCGAGAGAAUAAGAGCAACAGUGACUACUUAUCAUCAGAUGAUGAAAGCUUGGAAACCCUUGAAGGAAAUAUGUGUGCUUCUGCAACUGGUGUUGUGAGAGUGCAGUCAAGAAAGAAAGCUGAGAUGUUCUUAGUCCGAACAGAUGGAUUUUCUUGCUCUAGAGAAAAGGUAACAGAAUCUUCCUUGGCAUUCACUCAUCCUAGCACGCAGCAGCAGAUGCUUUUGUGGAAAUCUACACCGAAGACUGCAUUAUUAUUGAAGAAGCUGGGACAAGAACUCAUGGAAGAAGCCAAAGAGCUUCUUGAGAAUGAAACUAGAACCAGACUUGACUACCACUGUGUCGUGAACCCGGAAUGUACCUUUUAUAGUCAAGAUACAAGAGACCUUCAUGAGAGAGUUGAUUUUGUGGCUUGCUUGGGAGGAGAUGGAGUCAUACUUCACGCUUCCAAUUUAUUUAGAGGUGCAGUUCCUCCUGUUGUUUCAUUUAAUCUUGGGUCCCUGGGAUUUCUCACAUCCCAUACGUUUCAAGAUUGUAAGAAUGACCUGAAACAAGUUAUACAUGGGAACAACACACUUGAUGGUGUGUAUAUAACUCUUAGAAUGCGUCUCCGCUGUGAAAUAUUUCGAAAUGGGAAAGCAGUGCCUGGCAAGGUAUUUAAUGUGCUCAAUGAAGUUGUAGUUGACCGUGGUUCCAAUCCCUACCUCUCCAAAAUUGAAUGUUAUGAACAUGACCACCUCAUAACAAAGGUACAAGGUGAUGGAGUUAUAGUAGCCACUCCUACUGGAAGUACAGCUUAUUCCACUGCUGCUGGAGGGUCUAUGGUACAUCCAAAUGUUCCUUGUAUGCUCUUUACACCGAUUUGCCCACAUUCUCUCUCAUUCAGACCUGUCAUACUUCCUGAUUCUGCACGGCUGGAAUUAAAGAUUCCAGAGGAUGCACGAAGUAAUGCUUGGGUCUCGUUCGAUGGGAAGAGAAGGCAACAACUUUCUAGAGGCGAUUCCGUUCGUAUAUUUAUGAGCCAACAUCCACUUCCAACAGUCAACAAGUCCGACCAAACAGGUGAUUGGUUUCGAAGCUUGAUUCGUUGCUUGAACUGGAACGAAAGAUUAGAUCAGAAAGCGCUUUGA